AGCACAGCCCGCACGUACGGCAGCAGCAGCUAGGAUAGGACCCCAGGCCCCGAACCCAGAGUUCCUUCUUUAAUCCCAGGCCAGGCCAGGCUCCCCACUCGCAGCCACAGGCGAUAGGGAGAGACGACGCCACAAGAAAACAACAAGAAAUCCGCCGCGGAAUUCCGGAUUAAAAUAAGGUGUGAUAGACUGGAAGUUGGAAGGAUAACUUGCUUUAAGGUUCAAGAGCAAACAAAGACAUGGAGAGGGAAGUCAUGGCCUCCUACGAAACCAAGAAAAUCUUUGAAGUUAGGGUAUUUGAGAGUUUAGACGAGAUGGCAACAGAUCUGGCAGAGUUUAUUUCACAAGUUUCAGAAAUUUCUGUUAAGAGGAAGCAACAAAUCUAUAACUCUGUAUGUAUCUUCAUGUAUGUGUGUCUGAAGUCUCAACUGCUUUUUUCCUUAAAAAGGAAGCUCUGUGAAGCACCAUACAACAAGACCCUUGAUUGGUCUAAAUGGUAUGUCUUCUGGGCUGAAGAACGUGCAGUAGCAAAGAACCAUGCAGAGAGUAACUACAAAUUAACAAAGGAAGAAUUUCUCUCCAAGGUUCGAGCAUAUGGCUUGGAUUGUUUUCUCGUGCCUAUUCCUAAUGGUCACGUCUACUCCAUCAACGACAACGCAACGGUGGAAGAGGCAGCAACUGACUAUGAAUUUGUCAUCAGGCAGCUGGUCAAGAUUCGAACAGUUGGUGUCUCGGAGAGCAACGACUGCCCCAAAUUCGACCUCAUUCUUCUGAACAUUGGUCCUGAUGGUCAUGUAGCCUCAUUGUUCCCCAACCAUCCAGCUCUUGAGCUGAAAGAUGACUGGGUCACCUACAUCACCGACUCUCCAGAGCCUCCACCUGAGAGGAUUACCUUCACUCUUCCUGUGAUAAACUCGGCAUCGAACAUCGCUAUUGUUGCCACUGGAGAAGACAAGGCAAAAGCUGUGUCUUCCGCCAUUUCUGACUGUAACGAAGGCCUAGGUGCGACACCAGUACCUGCUAGAAUGGUUCAGCCAACGGACGGGAAGUUGGUAUGGUUUCUGGAUGAGGCGGCUGCCUCAUCUCUUGAGGCUGGGAAUGAUGCUUACAAGAACCAGUACUGAGAGUCUGAGACAAGCGUUGAAGCUGGACAUCCUUUUUUUGCUGUGAAGAAGAAUUGUUCAUGUGGUUGAUGGGUUUGGAUGGAAGAAGUUUUGGGGGAGGGCUUUUCUGAGAAAUCAAAAAAAUUCCAUGUCUUGUGCUAUUGGAUUGGGCAAAGAAUGAUGCAGCAUGUAUUUUUAUGUCGAGAACUGAAGUUCCAGAAUAGCUAAGUUCUUCUUUCAAGAAAAAAGAGUAGCUAAGUUCGACUGUUGGUCAUAUGAUACUGUUCAGUGUGCCAUCACCAUCAGUACGUUUUUAUCUCAGUUGAAAUUAGAUUCCAUAAAUAUUGUGCUA